GGCUCCCAGGGCGCAUGCGCAGAGGGUUGGUUUCCUGGGCGUCGUUUGUGGAGUUGAAAGUCUCGCCUAGCGCCCGGCGUGCGCAGGCGCACACAGCGAUCUCCAUCUUGUAGGAGAGCCGGUUCCCGAGCGGGCCUCGGGGCGGGGCCGGGGGCGCGGCUAAAUGAGGAGGGAAGGUUCGCCUGUCACUCACGGCUCGCCGCUGUCCCACCGCUACCAAGUCCUCUGAGCUGCGAAGGUCAUGCUGCCCAACACCGGGAAGCUAGCGGGAUGCACGGUUUUUAUCACAGGUGCAAGCCGGGGCAUCGGCAAAGCUAUUGCGUUGAAAGCAGCGAAGGAUGGAGCAAAUAUUGUAAUUGCUGCGAAAACCACCCAAACACACCCGAAGCUCCCAGGCACGAUCUACACUGCUGCUGAGGAAAUUGAAGCCGCUGGAGGAAAGGCCUUGCCAUGUGUUGUUGACGUGAGAGAUGAGCAGCAAAUCAACAGUGCAGUGGAAAAAGCUGUCGAGAAAUUCGGAGGAAUUGAUAUUUUGGUGAACAAUGCGAGUGCUAUUAGCUUGACCAACACAUUGGAUACUCCUACAAAGAGAGUGGACUUGAUGAUGAGUGUGAACACCAGGGGCACCUACCUUACAUCCAAAGCAUGUAUUCCUUUUUUAAGAAAGAGCAAAGUAGCUCAUAUUCUCAAUCUCAGCCCACCCUUGAACCUAAAUCCUCUGUGGUUCAAACAGCACUGUGCUUAUACCAUUGCCAAAUAUGGCAUGUCUAUGUGUGUGCUUGGAAUGGCAGAAGAAUUUAGAGGUGAAAUUGCAGUCAAUGCCUUAUGGCCUAAAACAGCUAUACAUACUGCUGCUAUGGAUAUGCUUGGAGGAUCUGGCAUUGAAAGCCAGUGUAGAAAAGCGGACAUCAUUGCGGAUGCUGCAUAUUCCAUUUUCAAAAGGCCAAAAAGUUUUACUGGAAACUUCAUUCUUGAUGAAAAUAUCUUAAAAGAAGAAGGAAUAAGCAAUUUUGAUGUCUAUGCGAUUGUACCAGGCCAUCCCUUGAUACCAGAUUUCUUCUUAGAUGAACACCCAGAUGAAACUAUGAAGAAAACAGAGUCACAUGAUCCUGUGCCACAAGUAAAAGAAGAGAAGCCACAGCCACAGCCACAGCCACAGCUGCAGCCACAGCCACCACCACAACAACAGCCACAGCCACCACCACAGCUGCAGCCACAGCCACCACCAAAACCACAUUUUGGAGCUGUGGAAGAAACAUUUAGAAUUGUUAAGGAAUCUCUCAGUGAUGAGGUCGUUCGAGCCACACAAGCAGUCUAUCAGUUUGAACUCUCAGGGGAAGAUGGUGGCACAUGGUUUCUUGAUCUGAAGAGUAAGGGUGGGAAAGUUGGACAUGGAGAGCCCUCCAAUCGGGCAGACGUGGUGAUGAGUAUGACCACUGAUAACUUUGUCAAAAUGUUUUCAGGGAAACUAAAGCCGACCAUGGCAUUCAUGUCGGGAAAACUGAAGAUUAAAGGAAACAUUGCCCUCGCAAUCAAACUGGAGAAGCUAAUGACCCAGAUGAACGCCAGACUGUGAAGGACAAGGGCGAAAGCAUUGACUCUUCUCAGAAGUAAAAAGCUCAAGAGUUAACAUCAGAUGUCUCCUCCACUGUCUUAUAAGGACACAUAUGUUUGUUCUGGAAAAAAGUAGAAUUUCUGUAUCUAUAUAACUUGAAAUUGUAAUUAAAACAACUAACCAAUUAA